AGCAUCUCUACACCAAGCUGGAGAGUAGCGAGAGGGAACCACUGAGCCGCAACAGCAAAAUACAAGAUGGCACAACGGACGAGCCCGCAUCGUUCCGCAAAGACAGUUACGGCGCCACACCUGGCCAGAUUUUAAACUACAACGGCACGGCAGGCCAAACAUCAAAUAACUUUGGCUCGACAUUGAACCGGAGGUCGGAAGAUGAAGGGGGACACAUCGAGCGACCACAAAGAUUCUUUUAUAGACGAGAGCCUGUAUUUUGAUCCCCAGUCUCCAGAGAGAACACGUGAUAAUUCUUUUGAAAGUGUAUGAUUGAUGUUGUGUUUAGAAAUUGAAUGGACUUGGUGUGAUCUUUGAAAUCGGAUACAUGUGUUUUUGUGUGAGAUUUGGUGACUGUUAAUGUAUAAACCUUUUUACCUGUGCAAUUAAAAGUAUUUAUAUCUU